AUGGGUCCAACCGGUUUCAAGGGUGAUCGGGGACCUCGUGGCCCAGUGGGUCCCAAGGGAACCACUGGAACUGCCGGAAUGACAGGUGUUUCUGGCGAGCGUGGUGACCGUGGUGAAGCUGGCGACCGCGGAUUCCCUGGCCCAAUUGGUCCUGAGGGUCUUGCUGGUGAGAAGGGUGAACGUGGCCAGGUUGGUCAAGCCGGUCCUCAUGGCCCUGAUGGUGAAAAGGGAGCUCAAGGGCAGAUGGGACCAGCAGGUUAUGUUGGAGGUCCAGGACCCAAAGGAUCGGUUGGUCCUGUCGGUCCAGUUGGACGCGAUGGCGAGAAAGGUGAUGCAGGGCCGCUUGGACCAAUUGGAACCCGAGGUCCUGUGGGACCUACCGGACCUCCAGGUCCACGAGGAGCUCCUGGACCGUCCGGUCCUCCUGGAGCCCGUGGCGACGAGGGUUCUGCUGGCCCCAUUGGUCCACCAGGUCCAGCUGGACCUGCAGGGCCGCGAGGACCUCUUGGAUUUACUGGACCUGUUGGACCGACAGGUCUUCCAGGAGUUCAUGGACCUCCUGGCGACAUUGGUGAACGUGGAGAGACUGGAGAACGAGGUCCACCUGGUGAACUUGGUCCAAUUGGUCUUCCCGGUCCAACUGGACCCACUGGAGACCAAGGACCAACUGGAGAACCAGGACCUAGAGGUCCACGGGGGCCUAUGGGGCCUGCUGGUAAACCGGGCAAGGAAGGAAGCGAGGGCGAUCCGGGCGACAGAGGCGACCAGGGUCCACCAGGACCUGAAGGAGCUACUGGACCAACGGGAUUCCGUGGAGCGCGCGGACCUCCUGGACCGAGGGGCAAGGUCGGUCCCAAGGGGGAUAUGGGCAAGCCUGGUAUUCAGGGCCGCAUUGGCGACAGAGGUGAUCGCGGAGAUCCUGGUCCUAGGGGUCCUCCUGGUCCGGCUGGACCUCAAGGUGCACGAGGACCAGAUGGACCACAAGGAGAAACUGGAGAAAAGGGUGACAUGGGUGUGACUGGCCCAGUGGGUUCAUCUGGACCAAAGGGAGUUCGUGGACCUCGUGGUAAACCCGGUCCCUUGGGACCUCCAGGCGUUGAUGGUCAGAAAGGCGACCAAGGUCCCGAUGGUGAAGUAGGGCCCAAGGGUGAUCGUGGAGCUCCAGGCGAGCCAGGUCCCCAAGGAGCACAAGGAGUAAUGGGACCUCCAGGAAUUCCAGGCGUUUCAGGCGAUCCUGGAGAACCAGGUGAAACUGGUCCUCAAGGUCCAAAGGGUCUGCCUGGAAAACGCGGACCAGUCGGACCUCCUGGACCCAUGGGUCCACCUGGCCCUCCUGGUCCAGCCGGUCCUCGAGGCGAACAGGGAGAUAAGGGACCGCAAGGAGCCAUGGGAAUCCGUGGCGCUCCAGGUCCUGCAGGUCCAAGUGGUGCUGCUGGCGUACGAGGUCCUACGGGUCCUCAAGGACCAGCCGGACCCCCUGGAUCUAAGGGCGAAACUGGUCCCAUCGGUCCACGUGGUGAAAAGGGCAAGAAGGGUGCUGAUGGUCUGCCAGGUGUGACCGGAGUCAAGGGUUCCAGGGGAAAACAGGGUCCUCAAGGGCCAAUGGGUCCUGUCGGCAUGACAGGACCACCUGGUCCACCUGGUGAAAUAGGUCCACCCGGACCCAAAGGCUCUAUGGGUGCUCCAGGACCCAGUGGAGAACGCGGGUUGCCCGGACCUGUUGGAAAAGAAGGUCCUCCCGGGAUUCAAGGUCCAGAGGGACCGAUAGGAGAAGAAGGACCUCCAGGCCCAACGGGAUUAGCUGGAGAGUCUGGCGUUCAAGGUCCUGUAGGCGCAGAAGGCGAGAUGGGACCUCCUGGUGAUCGUGGAGACCGAGGAAAACCAGGUGACAGAGGUCCUCGUGGGCCGCGAGGUCCGCCAGGCCCUGCUGGACCUAUUGGACAGAUUGGUGAACGCGGGCCCUCCGGCGAAAUUGGACCUCAAGGACCCAUUGGUGGAACUGGCAAGAAAGGACGUCGUGGAUCAAAGGGACCGACAGGCUCUAUGGGUCCAAAGGGUGACACAGGCGACCGCGGAAUUCGUGGUAAUCCAGGCAGCAUAGGCCCCGAGGGUCCCAAAGGCGAACCCGGUCCCCCCGGUGAUCGAGGUCCUGAUGGCAAACAGGGCGAACCUGGACCGAUGGGCGACGAAGGUCGCAAGGGUGAGACCGGUCCACCUGGUGACGAUGGUGAACAAGGACCCGCGGGCCCCACAGGCCCACCUGGACCUCAGGGUCUACAAGGUACAGAGUUUUAG